GUGAACAGUUUCUCCACGAAGAAGCUCAGCCGAUCAGGGGUCAUGGACGUCGUGGAGUGUUUAGGCAACGAGUCGUCGCUGUGGCACUGUGAGGCCAAACACGGCAACGACAUGUCGUGUUCGUCUGUAGCGUACGUCGUCUGCUCAGGGAGUUUGAAUGCGACGCUGGUGGACGGCGGCGGACGGUGUGCCGGGAGGCUGGAGGUCCAACAUGAAAAUCAGUGGAAAAGAGUCCAAGCGCAGGGCUGGAGGAAAGACUACUCCAAAGUCGUCUGCAACCACCUUGACUGUGGGGAACCACUGGACAAUCCUGAGGAGUACAGUCAAGGUUCUGGUAAUUUCCUGACUGUACAAUGUUCAAGCGGAUCACAAAUAACNUCCCUUAGAGAUAGGUGGGAGGGUGUGAAUACAUGA